AUGCUACUGUCUAAUAAAAAAGCUAUAUCUGGACUAGUAUUUUUUUAUUUAUUUUCCUUGCUGGCCCGCAUAACCUUAGGAGAUCAAACAAGUUAUGAAGAAGUUGCGUAUUCAACUGAUGGACUGCUUCAAGAGUCUAUGAUCUAUGAAACCAUUAAUAGUCAAACGUAUUAUGUUAAUGAGCCGGUUAUUCAUAUUUACUACUCUGAGAAACCAAUUAGAGUGUCUGCUUCCACCACAGUUACUACUGAUUCCGCUAUUUCUCCAGCCAAUAGAGCUACUUCAGCAACAGCCACUAAUACCGCUCUUAUCACUUCUUCGGUUAGUCCAACUGCCGUGACAACUGCAACUAAUACUGUUACUACAUGGUCUUUGGUCCAAGUUAUAGUAGUUGAUGAUACUACCUUGACAACUACUGUAGCUACUACUGAUACAUCUGCCAUUGCUGUAAGCACUACCACUGCCACUAUCACUUAUAGUAUGUCUAACACAACCGUAGUUACUGUUUCUACUUUAGCUACUGUCACUGCAGGUGGUGCUGCUACAUAUACCACCACUGAUGAAGCCGGAAAUACUAGUGAGGUUACGCUGUCUACUGUUUCUGUUAUAUCUGUCAUUUCGCCUGCAGUGGAAACGACUUCCUCUUCUAGCAAUGCGGACUCUGCUACUUCUUUGGCUAACACAGACGCUUCAACAACUGUUACUAAUAAUGCUGUUGUUACCAAAUGGUCUGUAGUUCAAGUUAUAGUAGCUGAAAGCACUACUGUAACAACUACUGUGGCAAUUAAUGAUGCAUCUGCUGUUACCACCGGCAAUGCUGCAGCCGUAACGACCUACACUACUACUGAUGAAGCUGGUGGUACCAAUACGGUUACUGUUUCUAAUGUUUCUACAAUUUCAGUAAUUGCACCUGCAACUUCUUCCUCCUCUGAAGAGGAAAAUAUUAGUACCUCCAUUGGCUACGUUGAACCUACUACUACAUCUAUUACCAAAUUAUUAAGUACUGUUGCCACUACUGUUUCUUCUGUUAUUUACUCUACCUCUUCAUUAAGUGCCAACAGUGCAUUGUCAGGUACUGUUGUUACAUCUAUAACUAGUAGUCCAGGACAACCUUUGGUUACACAAUCUAUGAGUUCUUCUUCUCAAGGUACCACAAUUAAUACCGAAACUUUGAAUUCUGAUAAACAAAUUACAACAAGUGCUUCUACUUCUAUAACCUUAGUUACCAGCGUUCCUAUUGUAGUUGGUACUUCCGUAAUUGUUACUCAAAGCAUUUCAACGAGUGAAACCACUAUUACUGUCACUAACACCAAGUUAAAAAUAAUUGAAUCAUCAUCCAUUUCUCCUUAUUAUCCCUUUACUAAUUCUACCUCUAGCAGCGCUACUGUUUCAAGUUCCAACGUUAUUAGUAGUAGCAGUAGCAGUUCCAGUAGUAGUUCCAGCAGCAGUAUCAGCAGCAGUAUCAGCAGCAGUUCCAGCAGCAGCAUUACUCCAGUUACUUUAGAACCAACUACCGAGGUUACUACCUCUGUCUCAAAGUCAUUAGUUACUUUAUCACUAUUGACUAGUAGCCCAGUUACUUCUUUAGUUGCCACUACAACCGUUGUUGCAACUGAUACUUUAUCGACAGUUAGUUUAUUUGACCCAGUUUCUACUGAUGCUCCUCCAAGCAGUUUUGGUAGAGACUACAAUCCACAUUAUUUAGCCAGUGAUGUUAGUAAUGAUAAUUUACCUCCCGAAACUAACAAAUUUUAUGAAAAUUUAAUUUUGAAUACUCAAGAGGAACCAUCAUAUGCGUACCCAUAUGUUUUGUGGCAAACCACUUCUGAUUACUAUGGUGUGGCUGUUCAACAUACUACUUCUAGUGAUUAUAUAUUUGACCAAUAUCAAUCCAACGGUGUUCCAGCAAUUUUUAUUAAUCCAACUUCAAGAGCCUAUUUGAUUUAUUCUGCCACCUCUUUUACCUAUUCGGGUUCUUAUACUUUUGCUGUUGAUACCUUAAGGCAUUCUUCUGCCAGGGUUACCCUAGUAGAAAGUUCUAGUAGUUCUAACUACAUCGAAAUUCCAGUUGUCGAAGGUAUGGGUUUCACUACAGCUAUUUACCAUGGAGGAUUAACCGCUAUGAUUAAUUCUGGUUUGGGUAUUACGACUUUUGUGAGUGAAGACUCUCAAGUUCUACCACAAGGCAUUUUGAAGUACAGAGCUACCAUUGGUGGAGUUGACUGGUUAAUUUAUGUUACUGUUCCUAAUUACGAAGAUUAUGAAUCAUUCGAGUUUAGUACCACUGAUGGUUACACUUUGACUGCUUCCGAUUGUAUCGAUGGGCUAAUUGUUCAAUUUGCCCCCGCCCCAUCUGCUGAGUUGGAAGUAUAUUAUGAUCAAGCUGCCGGUAUGUAUGCUACAACUUUUGAACUAAAUGGUUCCAGUGAUGGUAUUGCAGCUUCUUACAGUUUUGAUUACACGGUGGAAGGUUCUUCUGCUUCAGGGUACACGAUGAUUUUUGCUUUACCCCAUCAUGUUGAUGCUUUGGAUGGUACUACCAGUGCUUCAUAUACUGGCAUUGAAUUGGCUGCUACUGUUAAAGGUACUAUGCAAGGAUAUUUGGCAAAUUCGUUAACCUUUUAUGAAACUUUGAAUGCCGAUAUUGGCUGGUUACCAUGGACCUCUCAAUUGGAUUCCACCACAUUAAGUUACAGCAGUGAUCAGUUACAAGCGUUAGCAGACAUUGCUAAUGAUGAGUUGAAUGUGAAUAUUAAGGAUUCUAUUUCUUCGUUGAACACGUAUUAUGUUGGGAAAGUUUUAGAUAAAUAUGCGUACAUUUUAUUAACGGUUAGUGAUAUCAUUGAAGAUAGCGAUGUGACUGAAAACACUUUGAACAAUAUAAAGGAUGCCUUUGAUUUAUUAUUUGAAGCUGGGCAAUUAUAUCCAUUGAUAUAUGACACCAAUUUUGGUGGUAUUUGUUCGACUGGUGAUUGGGGCGAUUAUGAUACGAGUUAUGAUUUUGGUAAUUCACGUUACAAUGACCAUCAUUUCCAUUAUGGUUAUAUUAUCCAUGCGGCUGCUGUUGUUGGUUACGUUGAUGCUAAAUCGGGCGGUACUUGGGCUGAAGACAACAAGGAUUGGGUGAAUUCAUUAAUUAGAGAUGUUGCUAAUCCAAGUAUUUCCGAUACGUAUUUCCCAGUUUCCAGGAUGUUUGAUUGGUUUAAUGGACACUCUUGGGCUAGUGGUUUAACUGAAAGCGCUAAUGGUAACAACGAAGAAUCCAGUUCUGAGGAUUACAACUUUGCCUAUGGUAUGAUGAUGUGGGGUAAAGUUAUUGGGGAUGCUUCUAUGGAAUAUCGUGGCAGUUUGAUGUUGGCUAUUUUGAAAAGAUCUAUGAACAGCUACUUUUAUUACAGUGAUGAUAACGAUGUUGAACCUAGUGCGUUUAUCCCAAACAAAGUAUCUGGUAUAUUAUUUGAAAACAUGAUUGAUUACACCACCUAUUUUGGUACUAAUACUGAGUACAUACAUGGAAUUCAUAUGCUACCGAUUACACCAGCUUCUUCUAAUAUUAGAGGUAGUACGUUUGUUUCUGAAGAAUGGAGUGAUGUUUUAUCUUCGAUCAUUGAUGACGUCAGUGGUGGCUGGCAAGGUAUAUUAAGAUUGAACCAAGCUUUGUACGAUCCAAAAUCCUCGUAUGAAUUUUUUUCGUCGAGUAGUUUUGAUGACUCGUAUUUGGACAACGGGAUGAGUAGAACCUGGUCGUUAGCUUUUUCCGGUGGUAUUGCCAAUUCUUUGGGUUUAAUAUGA